CUCCCUUCCUCUCUCUGAAAUCGAUAAAAAAGAUAUUUUUAAAAAUGUACUUAAAAAAAAAAAGAAAUAGAGAGUGUGAGCAUUUAGGAGCCAUGGGGAGUGAGCACUAUAUUGUACCGAGGAGGUGAGAGUGGAGAGAGAACUGCUGAACUUGGCAGUUUGCAGAUCUCUGAGGACCCCAACCAGAGCAUUUUCAUGGAAAGAGGGACAAGCUUGACUGUAGUGAUUAGAAGAGAGAGUGAGAGGUAAAGAACUGGAGAGAGCAAAUGUAGACAAGUUUUUAAGAAAUGGCAUAUAAAUACAACAAAUCGACAACUCUCAAAGGUACAGCUCCAUAAAUAUUAAAAUCUGUAGACACUUGUGCAACUGUCACCCAGAUCAAGAAAUAAGAUAUCUCCAGCCACUCCAGGAGGACAUUUUGUGCCCCCUCCAGUUGAUAUCCCUUAAGAUAACCACUGUUUGAUUUCUAUCAUCAAAGAUUCCUUUUGCUUGAUGGAGGUAAACAACUUUUGAGAGAUUUUGUUAGUGGUUGGGCUCAGAUUUUGUAGGCAGAUAAUGUAACAGGGAGUGGGCAGCUAGAGUUCAGACUCUGUGGGGUAGCAAGUCCUGGGCCCUGCUCUGUCUCCAAGGACUGCAUGACCAAGACUUCCCUGAGUCUCAGUUUCCCCAUCAGAAGCAUGAUUCUCCUCACAUCUCCUUUGGGUUGUAAUAAUGAAUGGAAAAAAUCAUUGGCAGCAGUGAAAAAAUGGGGUUUUACAUGCCUUUGGAUGCCUGUCUGGAGCGUAGAGCUCAGUCGCAGGGGUGGGUGGGGCUGCAAUCUGGGAGGCCCAGGAGUCCCGCCCACCCAGUGUGUUUGAGCAACUCACCUGGCAACAGGUGGGCCUGACAAACACGUCUGAUUUUCCAGAGUCUCCUCUGCUCGCUGUAUCUUUAGGACAUCAUGGUGCUGUUCAGGCCCCUGGCACUUCUUCUUGCUCUGGUUGUCUCUGAACUGCAUUGCCUGCCCUGGUUCGUAAAUAUCUCUGAGAGCCAGGGGCCUGGCACCAUCCUUCAUUCUUUCACCUUGAACUGCACUUCUGCCAUGCCCACCCUGAAGUUGCUCCAUGUGCAGCCACCCACCACCUUCUUCAACCCACCCAGCUUGGCCAAGUUGCAGGAGAUCUAUGUGGGACUGUUGACCUUGAGCAGCUCAGCCCGGCUGGAUGCCCUGGAGGUAAACCACUAUGAGCUCCAGCUGCAGUUAACAUGUGGCAACGAAGUGAUCAAGACCCUGCUCUUUGUGAAUGUGCAGCGGGACCCUGACCAUGUCCGGUGUGCUGGCCGAUUUGUCAGCCCAGCUGGGGAAGUCAUUCAGGUGCCGGAAACAGUCACACCUGGGGACCGGCUGUACACUUUGAUACUCCCAGGCCUGGAACUCCAGGGAGCACAGAUAAACAUCACCAGUGCCCAGGACCCUCCACACUUCCCUGGACCUUUCUCCAUCAGUAGGCAGGGUUGGCUGCGGGCACCACCCCAGGGCCUCAAAGGGCAGGCUCAAAAGAUCUUCCAGCUUCAGAUCCUGGUGACCUUUGGGCCAAGCCGAAGCUGCCGUGGGAUGCUGAUAGUGAAAGUUUUGCCUGUUCCCUCCAGCCAGGUCUCCUUCCCGUUCCCCGAGACCGCGCCCGUGGGCACCCCGCUGAGCACCUUCACUUGCGACGCCCCCGACUCCCCCGGCGCCGCCCUGGACUACCAGCUGCGGCUGCACAGCCCUCGGGGCCGGACCAGCCUCUGCCUUAGCGACAGGGUUCUGGAGGUGAAUGCCACACUGGACUGUGACGCUCCCGGGGCCUGCUUGCAAUACACAGCCUCCAUCCUGGUGCUUGAUGGUGGUCAGCCCCCGAUGACCACUGAGGUGCCAGUACUGGUGAUGGUGACACCUGCCAAUGAGUUCUCCCCAACCUGCGUCCCGCGCACAUUCCGGGUUCGAGAGGAUGCAGGGCCCCGCACCCUGCUGGGCUCUGUGGUGGGCAUGGACACGGAUUACCCACACGACAGCGUUGAGUACUACGCCUCUGGCGGGCCUGCCACCUUCGCCGUGGACCGGCUCAGCGGAGAGGUUCGCCUCCUGGGGCCUUUGGACUAUGAGCAGCAGAGGUUGUACAGGCUCCCUGUCCUGGUGACCGACCACAGCCAAGACCAGGACCCUACUCAUCACCGCUCAGGCUCCUGUACCAUUACCAUCGAGGUUGAGGAUGUGAAUGAUCAUGCCCCCGAGUGUGAGCCCCCAUUCCAGGAACUCACCGUCCACACCUUCCCAGGCCGUAGCAUGGAGGUGACCAAGGUGUCAUGUCGGGUCCCUCAGGAGCCACAGCGCCUGGCCUUCUCCUAUAGCAUCGUGGGAGGCAAUAGUCAAAGCCGGUUCAGCCUGCAAGGAGCUGUCCUGGUGCACAACGACCUCAUGUUGGGGCCGCCCUGGCCAGAGCAGCCCCGUACCUAUGAGCUCUUGAUCCGUGUGGCCGAUGCCGGGCCCUCCAUCCCCCACCUCAGCACCACAACUACCAUCAUUGUGCAUCUAGUUCCCCGGAGGGCCAGCACAGUGGCCACCAGCACCCAUAGAGCCACAGUGACUUCAAUGAUGACGCCCCUGCUUGUGACAGACACAGAGGCUUUCUGGCAGCCGGAGCCCUGGUUUGUAGUGGUGCUGACAGUGACCAGUGCCCUUCUUCUCUUGGCUCUGGGCUGGCUCCUCAGCAGGCUUCUCCGAGGAUUGGCCCAGGGGCUACAGGCACCAAGCAAACCAGCCCAGGCUCUGCUGCUAAACAGUAUCCAGGGAACUGAGGGGUCCACGGAGGCACCAAGGAUGGAGACACUCCAGGCACCCAGUAGCAUCAUGAGCCUGCAUUUUGAUGGCAGAGCACAGGACUCCUAUACAGGCAGAGAUUACCUGUUCAACACACACACCGGAGCCUGGCGCUGGCUGUGAGGCCAAGAAGCUACUUCACUAUGUGGGAAUUUCUUCACGUGAUCAUGAGCCGUGUUUCAAAGUUGAUUCGAUAAUAAACAA